AUGGAAGAAGAGAUCACCUGCACACAGAUUCAAGGGGAACCCAUCGCCAACUUCAGAUGCAUCGUCCUCGCCGAAACAGCAACGCCGACAGGCCAAAGCUAUCGACUUGCUUCCGGACGGGAAAUGUCGAUUGUCUCGGCAGAUGGCCCUAUCGUGGAAGGCGUCACGCCAACAAAGUCACAAAUGAUCCAGCAGUGCUGCUCAGGCCAUCAAUUCGCUAGAUUCGCCGUCGAUCGUCCAGAUACCAUGUUCAAGAGGCUUCGGCCUGAUUUUGCUGUCGUGUGCGACCCAGCUUCGCCGCAGUUCUACCUGCGAGCUGACUGUCAACAUUACUUCCCUCAGAGCGGCAUCAUUUACAACGCGAUAGCAGGUUUGUUCGACUCUUGCAAAAUCACUACGGAACGAAGAUACGGCUCGCGCUGCUACUGGCAUGACCGCCUCGGUGCGAACUCGUCGCUUCCUCUCCGAAGUACCAAUGCAUAG